GGUGUUUGGCCAGCGCCUGCAAAGAUUCAAUUUUCAUUCAGUACGAAAAACGCGCUGACAAAUUGAGGACACGCUCGAGUGCGCAGCGGAACGGCGCAUCGUUGGAGUUUACAUAGCCAAAUAAGACGAUUACGUUAGCACCCCAACCCCUGGCACCUAAGCAUUAUCGCUGCUGCCCUCCCCCUCUCUCUCGCAUCGUCAAGUGUCGCUCGAGUCCGUGCGAGUCAAGUGCAUUUUGGCAAAUUGCUGUAUUUAUUUUAAUUUAAAGUGCGACCCACUCGAGUGAUUUAAAUUGUGGCAAAGCCAAACAAACAGAAAAACCAAACAUACAAAAAAAAAAAAAAAAAAAGGAAGUGUAAAUAAUACAAAAAUUCAAAAUCAAAUUCAAAGAAAUGUUGCAACAUCAUCAGCACCAGGCACAAUCCGCCGUCUACUAUGACUACAAUCAAACGCCCAGCCCCAGCAGCCUGACCAAUGCGGAUGCGCUAAACACAACCCCAUUCUCGGUCAAGGAUAUACUGAAUAUGGUCAAUCAAACGGAGGCAUACGAUGGCGCCUAUGGCCAUCUAGAGAGCGCCUCCGCGCUCUAUGGCGCCGCUGAGUACCAACAACAGCAGCAGCAGCAGCAGCAGCAGCAACAGCAACAGCAACAGUUACAGCAUCCACUCGAGCAGGCCAGCCAGGCGCAGCUCGCACAGCUUCAACUCCAGCAGCAGCACCAGCAGCAGCAUCAUCUGCAGUCACAUCUUCUCGAGCCAGAGCAGGAUCCGUUGGCAGCAUCCGCGCUGUCGCCGCUGUUGCCGCCGCCGGCGUCGUCGCAUGGACACCAUCAGCUCUACGCCAGCUAUCACCAGGACUAUGGCAUGCCCAGUCACAUGCUGCAGCAUGCCCACCCACAUCCACAUGCACAUCCUCAUCCACAUACACAUCCGCAUCAGAGCUAUCAGCCACCCUACAAUGUGAGCGCCUCUCAGUUCUAUGCCACGCCCACUGCAGGCGGCUACCAGAGCAACUACAACUACAAUUACAAUGCGUCGGAUGUGUACGCCAGUCCCUCGGCAGUUGUUGCGCCGAACACGGCCAUCAAAAGCGAGUAUAUACCCACGCCCUAUGUCACGCCCUCGCCCACACUCGAUCUGAACAGCUCGACGGAGGUGGAGUCUCUGGCCCCCACCCACAAGCUGGCCAAUGGCAACGGCCUAGCACAGCGACUGCUCGACCCGCGGCACAUGAACGCCACAACGGAGUGCGCAAAGAAAAAGGACAGCCAGGUGACAUCCUCCCGCUCCGAGUUGCGCAAGAAUAAUAACAAUAAUAACAACAACAAUAACAACAACACCAGCAACAGCAAUAACAACAACAACAACAAUAUCACAAAUGCCUCUGGCAAGCCCCGCAUGAAACGCAAACCGCGUGUCCUCUUCUCCCAGGCGCAAGUCCUGGAGCUGGAGUGCCGCUUCCGCUUGAAGAAAUACCUAACUGGAGCCGAGCGAGAGAUAAUCGCACAGAAGCUGAAUCUAUCCGCGACACAGGUGAAAAUCUGGUUCCAGAAUCGACGCUACAAAUCGAAACGCGGCGACAUCGACGGCGAAUGCUUCGCCAAGCAGCUGAAGCUCAAGCCAGACUCCUCACAGUCGCAGACGCAGUCGCAGUCGCAGUCGACGUCGCUGCCACUGCCGCCGCCACCGCUGGCCAGCCACAUGAUGUGGCCACCUACCGGCCAGCAGCUGCAACUGCAAUAGCAGCCCUAUCAAUAGAGAAAAUUCUAACUUAUUGCAACCUAUGCAGAUCUUAUGUUUUAGCCAAUGAAAAUGCCUCAUAACUCUAGUACCUUCUUGUAUAUAUAUAAACAUACUA